AUGGAUUUUUCUGAAAACUACCAGUGCAAAUACAAUAGAGAGAUACAAAGUGCGCAUUUUGGUGGAGCUAAACCACAAAUAUCACUGCAUACUGUAGUUUGGUAUUACAAAUCAGAAAAUGGAGAAAUAAAAAGAAACUCGUUUUGCAGUUUAUCUGAGAAUACCCGUCAUGAUCACAUUGGAAUUUUUGCUUAUCUUCAACCUUUAUUUCAACAAAUUUCGGAAAAGUUGAUAAACAUUAAUAAAGUGCAUUUUCUCAGUGACGAGCCGACGACCCAAUAUCGGAACAAAAACAUGAUUUUUGUUUUUGCUUUCAAGUUCGUAGAUAUAUUGAAACCUUCAAUCAUGACUUGGAACUUUUCUGAAGCAGAUCAUGGAAAGAGAGCUCCAGACAGUAUUGUUGAGCAAGUAUCAAAUCGUUGCUAUGGAAUUCAGUUACAAGUUGUCACUGAAGACUCUUUUCAAAAAAUUGAGAGCGAAUGCUCAGUUCCAAAUGAUCUCAAAGCUUUCAAAGGAAAUAUGUCCAUUCAUCAAAUAACUUGGAAUUCAAAUAAAUCUAAUACCGUAUUAUUCAAAACACUUAGCUGCUUGUAUUGUACGAGCUCAGAAAUCUGUUCUCACUACCACUUAGAUGAAAUGGUUGUACCUAUCAGAUCCGAAAGAAUCAGAUACAGCGAAAUAUAUAGUUCCAGCUUUGAUAAAGGUUCUUCUUUCACUGAUGAAAAGUCAUAUAAGAGAAAUUCGAGACUCAGGUGCAGUGGUUAGUUGUAUGGAAAAAUAUGGACGUCUGUUCACUUCUUGGAAAUGGCCUGUGCAAAUUUUGAACAUUUGUAAGACUGCGGCCCGUAGCCAGACUUUGAGGUACAGCCUGUAGUCCAUUUUUUUAACAAUUGAGACAAUUUACUACUGUUUUAUUUUUAUAGCCACAGCGAUAACAAAAUAUAUUCCUUUUAGAAAAACAUGUUGAAUAAUUAUGUCCAACUUUACCACAGUUAUAACAAG